AUGUCUGGGAGAGGAAAGGGCAGUGGGAAAGUUCGUGCCAAGGCGAAGUCUCGGUCGUCCCGGGCUGGCCUGCAGUUCCCGGUGGGCCGUGUUCACAGGCUCCUGAGAAAGGGUAACUAUGCUGAGCGUGUGGGUGCCGGAGCGCCGGUCUAUCUGGCUGCGGUGCUGGAGUAUCUGACGGCUGAAAUCCUGGAGCUGGCCGGCAACGCGGCCCGGGACAACAAGAAGACCCGCAUCAUCCCCAGGCACCUACAGCUGGCCGUGCGCAACGACGAGGAGCUCAACAAGCUGCUGGGAGGGGUGACCAUCGCUCAGGGCGGGGUGCUACCUAAUAUCCAGGCCGUGCUGCUGCCCAAGAAAUCCGCCGCUGGGGGCGCCGCUAAAAAGUGAAGAGUAUUCUUGAAUCUGACAACCCAAAGGCUCUUUUAAGAGCCACUCACAGCAUUUGUGAAAGGAGCUAAACUCGCUGUCAGGUUGAUUGUUUUCCUCUUAAUAGGGAGAGCCCUCACUUUUGUACCGGACAUUAUUAAUUCACACUCCAUUUAUUUGGAUGUCCUAUGAGUUUAGAAUGGCGCCAUGAAUGUCCCCGAUCGGGUUUGACCUCACAUUACAUUUA